CAUCUAUCUAUCUAUCCAUCCAUCUAUCUAUCUAUCUAUCUAUCUAUCUAUCUAUCUAUCUAUCUAUCUAUCUAUCUAUCUAUCUAUCUAUCUAUCUAUCUAUCUAUCCUAUCUAUCUAUCUAUACAUCCAUCUAUCUAUCUGUCAAUCCAUCUAUCUAUCUAUCCAUUUAUCUAUCUAUCCUAUCUAUCUAUCCGUCUAUCUGUCUAUCCCUCUACCUAUCCGAUCUAUCUAUUUAUCCAUUUAUCUAUCUAUCCAUCUAUCUGUCUAUCCCUCUAUCUAUCCUAUCUAUCUAUCCAUCUAUCUGUCUAUCCCUCUAUCUAUCCUAUCUAUCUAUCCGUCUAUCUGUCUAUCCCUCUACCUAUCCUAUCUAUCUAUCUAUCUAUCUAUACAUUCAUCCAUCUAUCUGUCAAUCCAUCUAUCUAUCUAUCCAUUUAUCUAUCUAUCCAUCUAUCUGUCUAUCCAUCUAUCUAUCUAUCUAUCUAUCUAUCUGUCUAUCCGUCUAUCUGUCUAUCCCUCCAUCUAGCGCUCAAAAGACCUUCACUCGCAAGUAUUUGAGAAGCACCGUUUAACGUUUUGUCUCUAAAAAAAAAAAGAUGUAAAAUAUUUCUCUCGUUCAAUGCAAAUGUUUAUCCAUUCCCUUUGAAAGCCCGAUCAGUCAUUAAGUGAAGUGCAGUGCAUUGUGUACCGUCAAGUUUGAAAAGAUCAGAUAAAAUAUACUAAUGGUUAUUUAUUCUGAUCUGCAAAGCUUCAGAACACUAUAUAAACACGCUUUAUUUCUGAUUAUUUUUUACAAUUUAUUUAACAUAUCACCAUUCCCAAUGGUAGUUUUAGUUUGUGAAUAAAAAAAUCUUCUGUUCUCAAAUUUACUAUAGAUCAUUUUUUUUAAAUACAUAAACUGUAUCCAAUUUUUUUAAUUUUUGAAACAGAUCAUACGCCGUAUACAAUGUCUUUAAAUAUUUAUGACCAGUUGUGUAAUAUUGCUAUUAUCUUCACAUUGUUUAUCUAUAUGCCUGUGUGGACAGAUAAAUAUUAUAAUUACGAGUUUCCAUGGAAUAAAAGCAUCUCACACAUGGAUUACUUCUUGACACUGUGUCCAGAUGUUUGCUACGAAGAGGAAAAGAUUAAUCUUGCUCAUUUUACAAGAUGUUCUAGCAUGAAUUGCUUCCCUUGCGAUUGCCAGAAGCCUCGGUGUUUGAUUUAUGGUACAUGCUGUCCAGAGGUCCACUCGCCUCCUGAGAACUUUUAUAAUUCUGCUGAUCCCCCAGACGUGAAUCUCUCAUCACUUUUGUUGUCCAAGGAAGUAGCGACGACAACUAAUAGAACGACAAAUAUAAGCUGUAGUAACAAUUUUCUACUUUUGCGCUCUUGCCCAGACGAUUUCUCUGAUCUGAGGGUGAGACAGUGGUGCGAGGAAGAUCUGUUAGGUCAAGAUAUGGAGUAUGAUAAAAACCUGAUGGAUGUACUCACAAAGGUUAGCGACCCGGUCACAGGGGUCACCUACUAUAAUAAAUACUGCGCUGAGUGUAACAAUGUUACGAAUGUAAGUAAUGUAAAUAUAUUUGAAAAGAUUAAUUUUUUUUUUUGCCUAGUGAUAAUAAAAGGUUACAAUGCUUCCCCCCUUCGAGCCCCAACAUGUCGGGAGGGGAAGCGAGAAUAUGCUGUUUUUUAUUUGGAGGUGGGACGAAUACACGUAAUGGUUUGACAAACUUGUUGACACAAUGAUAAGACAGUUGACACAAUGAUAAGACAAUGUUUGACAGUUGACACAAUGAUAAGACAAUGUUUGACAGUUGACACAAUGAUAAGACAAUGUUUGACAGUUGACACAAUGAUAAGAUCUUCCCAUGACUUUUGCGUGGUGUCCCGCAUGGUUGGGCGAUGAAGAGAAUUAUAUAUAUAUAGAUUGCUAAUUAAUUUUAUAACAGAAUUUAUAGCUAAUUUCUUUUAAAUGUGGAGACUAUCGUGGACGAUAAACAUGCAUAUCACUAAUAGCGGCCUUAGCAGUUCGCGGGAUCAAGAAUCGAAUCCGGGGUCUCACCCUAAUUCUUAGGCAGAAUAUCAUGCUAAGACCUUUCAUGAUAAUCAGUAAAGAUGCCAAGAAGACUUUAAAAGUAUAGAGAUACAAGUUCUAGUUUAAAGGUUGAGUUUUCAAACACCACACUGUAUUUAAGACCAUAGUGUUAUCCCACUCUUGAUACGUUACAUUACAAUAUGAUGGGCUUAGGGUAACAAAAGAAUCACCUUAGGGACCCCCCUCACCCAUCAGUCUCUGGGUCUUGGGCGGUCGUCCUGGUUCGCCACACCUGAAGGCCACUUCUUCUAUUAAAAUCAAACAACAUAAAUUGUUUAUUUCUAAAAUCUAAUUAAAGUUUCUUCCAUACUCAGGUGACGCCGUGGAGCAUCAGGAUAGACUGCCUUCAUUAUCUUUACGUCUACAAAGCAAUUAACGCUCUAGAACUCCUGAGACUGAGUUUAGACAAAGCGUCAACGUGUAAGGUAAAAGAUCAAAUUCCGGAACCUAAUUCUACCUACGCGACCUGCGAUGAUAACUUCUGGUUUGAAAGAGUUAUUGGUGAUUGUAACCUGACCGGAAAGUGGACGCACUACGACCCAGACGUUGCAAGGUUAUGUUUACAGACUACUGGACACAGUUUCAGUGUUGUGUUAUCUCACAUGUAUUACCCAAAUGUAUUCUGUGCACUGUGUAAUUCAGACAUAUAUCCUUCUUUAAAGAAUGACUGCUUGCCCCUCAGAAGUUUCCCACUCGUAGUACCUCCUUUCACAGUGUUAUUAAACUUUUACGAAAAGAGUUUAUCGGAUACGCUUUUCAAAACAGAAAAACGAAUCUGUCCAAAAGAGAAAUGGUCUGGACCGGGGAAUCGAUGUUUCCUUAUAAAAUGUGCUGAUGGGAAGCAACUAAAGAAUGGGCAAUGCCUGACUGCAUUAUCGGAGAUACGUGGGUUGAGCUACCGAGUUCGAUUAGAAUACCUACUUAAUUUCAGCGCAGAUUACAUGCAACCAUUUAGUCAAAGUAACAGUCAGCUAUAUUUCCUUUCCAACAGUCUGACUCAGUGGUUCAAAAUUCAUCUCUUUGAGAUUUGUAAAGAGCUAUCUUUUAAUUUGAAUGUACGGUCGUCCCAUCAGAACAAUGUAACUUUUAUUGAUGUUCAGACUGAGAGAGUUCUAAUUAAUCCGCUCGUAUUAUCAUUAGAUGUUUAUGUUAUUACACAAAAAAAUAUUACAAGAGAUGUCGCAGAGAGCAUUUUAACACAAAGAUUGUUUCAAAGUAAUCUCACACUUUUAGUUGGUGGUAAUUUAUUGACUCUAGAGUACGUCAACAGUCCUCUCUAUAAAUGGAACAGACAAAACGUCUCGACAGUAAACGGCUAUUGCGAGACUUUGAUGAAUAUCAGCUUCCCUGACUCAAAGUCAAUAGAUAACAUGUGGUCCAGCAAGGAAGACUUUCUUUGGCUAGAUGCGCUCUUGACGUGUCCAUUUGUCCAUUUUAACAAUACAAGAGUUCACGUGGAGACUUUGGUGUCAGCAGAUACAUCAACAAAAUACAUGGUAAGAAUUGAUUUAGACGAUGCAGAGUUUUACUUUACAGAGAAGGACGAACUUAAGAAAUUAUCACUAGAAGAAGAUGGUGCUGUCAAUGUUUGUGUGGACCUUCUGGACUCUAAACUUGAUGAGUUACAAAACAAACUGCAAGCUGCUGAAGCAAAUGAAUCUUUUCUAUCUCUUUACGUCAUCACGGUCAUAUGUCUGGGUGUGUCAAUGGUGUGUCUCCUGAUAACUGUAGUUACCUACAUCAGCUUCAGGACACUCCGAAGUGUGGCUGGUAUACACACUAUGAUUCUAUCUGCCACACUUCUUUUAGCUCAGGCUUUGCUGCUGACAAUCUCUCACCAUCAAGAUCCAAGUAUCAUCUGUACAGUUCUUGGUGUUAGUACUCACUUCAUGUGGCUCUGUAUGUUUGCCUGGAGUUUGAUCUGCUGCUUUCACAUGUAUACAAUCUUUACUGCCAAAAGAAAUAUUGUCUGCAACACAAGAGAAUUCCUCAAACAACUUAUCUUGAAACUUGUCUUUAGUCUUCUUAUUCCAGCUCUGAUAGUAUCCAUGGUAAUAGUUGUUGAUUAUAUUGUUUCUGAUGGCCAAAGAAUGGGCUAUGGAACUAGAACUUGCUAUUUAAACUCUAAGGAACUCAUUCUCUGCUCUGUGGCUGCUCCACUUGGUGCUGUGUUACUCAGCAAUGUUUUCUUCUUUGUUUCUUCAGUGCUGGAAAUUUACAAAUUGAGAAAAUUUCAAAGUACUAAGAUGUUUAAGAAAAGUGACCGCAGUAACCUUUACAUUUACAUGAAACUUUCUACAAUGACUGGAGUGUUCUGGCUACUGUCUCUCCUGGCCGAAGGAUUGGACAAUAAUGUGUUGCGUUACAUCUCUGUUGUAAUGAAUGGGUUACAAGGGAUGUUUAUAUUCAUGUCGUACGUCUGCAACAAAAGAGUUUGGACAUUGUACAAGCAAUGUUUAUCAGGGCCUCCACUGCUUGAGUUUAACCACAAAGACAAGGGAACUUUCAGUCAGUCAGUAUUUGAAGUUCAAGCAAAGAAAGAUAUGUGCCACGAAUGUAGAGGUAACGAAUAAAGUAUGUAUACGUAACGAAAUUAAUGAAUCUUUAUUAGUAACUCAAUCCUUAACCAAUCCAAUGUCUAAGCUUGUUUUACAAAAACAUAUUACCUCAGUUUGUAGAAGAAAAACUUUGAACAUUUCAACCAGUUUGAAAUAUAUA